AUGGCGCGACUCCUGCCUGCCUUUCAGCAGCGGGCAGGGUUUGCUGCCGGCCGAGGGAUCGACACGGCGUCCAUUGAGGACGGCCUGGCCUCCCCCAAGUCCCCCAGGCGCCCUAAGUCCAAGUCCAGGCCCAAGCCCGCCCAGGGACCGGGGCCUGCUCCAAAGGCAGAAUCGGAGACGCAGCGCCGGGCCAGGCAGGAACGCAUGCGCCUGCUCUUGCAGGACGAAGCCAGCAGCGGCAGGAAGGGCGAGGCGGCACGCGCGUUUGUGGCAAACUUCUUUGCCGGGGAUGUGUACCAGGGCGACGCCCUUGGCCUGACCUCCGAGGACGACCCCGUCCCCACUCCGGACGAGGCCGCUGGUCCCAGCGCAGCAGCGUCCUCUGCCGCCGAGACGUCAGGGGAGGACGAGGCCGCUCCGUCGGGGCUGCGCCUGGCUGCCCCCGAGGCCAUGACCGCCGCCGAGGAGAGGACGGUGCUGGCCGGGCUGCAGGGACUCAAGCGGGGAUCCCAGAGGAUCGUGCUGCAGCAGCUGCUGCAGGGCAAGAUCCUGGACAGCGACCCCGAGGCGCGGCGCGAGUGGGCCGAGAUCGAGCGCUCCUUCGCGCCGCCCACCGGCCUGCGCAUGCGCGUGGUGGACAUCAACCGCACCUCCAAGGGCACGCGGUCGGGGGGCCUUUACCGCUUCGGGGCCAUGGUGGUGGUUGGCAACGGCGAGGGCGUGCUGGGCUGGGGCCAGGGCAAGGCCGCCGAGCUGCAGUCUGCCGUGAAGAAGGCGUACGCCCGGGCCUGCUCGAACCUGUUCCCCAUCCCGCGGUACAAUGGCCACACCAUCCCGGAGGGCAUUGAGGCCAAGUUCGGCCAGGUGAAGCUCGUAGUGUACCCCAAGUCUGCCGGCAGCGGCAUCAUCGCUUCGGAGAUGAUUGGCGGCAUUUGCAAGAUGGCGGGCAUCCACGACAUCGGGGUCAAGGUGCACGGAUCCCGCAAUCGCCGGAAUGCUGUCAAGUGCCUGUUUGAGGCGUUUGACAAGAUCCGCAGCCACGACGAGAUCACCGGGCAGGCGGGCAAGGUGGUCGUGGCGAGGCCGCCGGGGCGGAACCUGUUCCCCAUCCCGCGGUACAAUGGCCACACCAUCCCGGAGGGCAUUGAGGCCAAGUUCGGCCAGGUGAAGCUCGUAGUGUACCCCAAGUCUGCCGGCAGCGGCAUCAUCGCUUCGGAGAUGAUUGGCGGCAUUUGCAAGAUGGCGGGCAUCCACGACAUCGGGGUCAAGGUGCACGGAUCCCGCAAUCGCCGGAAUGCUGUCAAGUGCCUGUUUGAGGCGUUUGACAAGAUCCGCAGCCACGACGAGAUCACCGGGCAGGCGGGCAAGGUGGUCGUGGCGAGGCCGCCGGGGCGGUUUGCCCAUGCGCGGCGCAAGCUGCACUAG